AGGCGAGAGGAGGCCGUGGGGCCGAGCGCGGCGGCGGCGGAGGAGGAGGAAGCGGAGGAGGGCGCUCCGCGCAGCGCGGGACCGGCCGGGGCAAAGGGAGGGGGGCCCGGCCGCCCCCCGUCCCUCGGGGCCUCCUUCGGGACCCCUCGUGCAGCCCCGCUUAGGCGGGGGGAAGCGGCUCCGGUCUGGGCCCGGCGCCAUGGAGCCCCGCGGUGCCGCUUGGCAGAAUUCAAACGUGGAGAACUUGCCCCCCCACAUCCUGCGCCUCGUUUACCGGGAAUUGGCGACGCUCAGCGCUGACCCCCCCGCGGGAAUUAAGCUCUUCCCUAACGAGGAGGAUGUCACCGACGUCCAAGUUGCCAUCGAGGGACCCGAGGGUACCCCAUAUGCGGGGGGGAUUUUCCGGAUGAAGUUGGUGUUGGGAAAGGAAUUUCCAGCUGCCCCCCCAAAAGGUUUUUUCCUCACCAAAAUCUUUCACCCCAACGUGGGACCCGGUGGGGAAAUCUGUGUGAACGUUCUCAAACGGGAUUGGCGCGCGGAACUGGGACUGCGGCACGUCCUGCUGACGAUCAAGUGCCUCCUGAUCCACCCGAACCCCGAAUCGGCUCUGAACGAGGAGGCGGGACGGCUGCUGUUGGAGGAUUACGAGGGCUACGCGGCUCGCGCUCGACUCCUGACUGAAAUCCACGCUCGGGGACCCCCUAAAGCCCCCCCUGAUCCUCCCGGAGCUGCUGCUGCCGUUGCCGCCGCUGCCCCCCCAGGACCCCCCCACCCCCCCGAUGGGCCGAGCCCCAAAAAACACGCGGGCGAGAAGAAAAAUCCCGGCAAGAAAAAAAACGAUAAGAAACGAGCGCUGCGAAGGCUUUAGGGGGAACCCCAAAAC